AUGCAUGAAAGUAAAGAUUUUUCGGCAUCAGCAGUGGCUCAAAUGGAUACUCUACUUUCAAUUGAUCCAAAUGAGCGACUGACUGCUACAAGAGCCCUAAACAUGAGGGACUAUCUAUCUAAUAUUUGGGGAAGGCAGGGUGGUUUUUUGAUUCGGGUUUAUGGUUUAUGUGGCUCUUGCUUUGUCAUAGCUCUUGCUUUGUCAUACAUCAUCGUUGAAAUCUCACCUGUCUCUGCAAUUGUUCGAGCCUCAGCUUCUCGGCAUUCGCCAGCUCAUACUCACCGUUCUCCAAAUGUCUCUGGUCAGGCCUCAGCCUCGAGUCGGUUGGCGGAAGUUUCUUUUGUAGACCAGAAGUCAACUCAUUCAGAGAUAUGGCGAAGGGCGUGA